AUGGUUUUAUUGGUGAGCAGUCGAAAGCGAUCGACAUCAUUCAAAAAAGAGGCUGAUGGAGAAUUCAGACAUCAGGUUGGCGGACAUCACGAGUUAGUGCGCUUGGAUCGCUUUCACGUGGCGAAACCCUCGUGCACGAAUGAGACCGAUUUCUAUCUGAACACCCCGGCACCCCUUCGGGCACACGUGCCGCACUUUUGCGCCUAUGCUGAGAGCGAUUCCGAUCCGUUGCAAGCUACGACGAGUACCAUGUGCGAGAAUUGCCUUGUAAAUGGAGCUCCGACACUUCCCGGUUUCCUUGAAGAUCCCUCAACUCCGAAAAGAAAGUCGACAAAAUCCAGCGGUGCAUGUGUUGUCCUAUCCGAUUUGACAUCAACAUUUCGUCGCCCAUCAAUUGUUGAUUUAAAAAUGGGCACUCGACAACACGGCGAUGCCGCAGCGCCUGAGAAAAUUCGACGACAAACAGACAAAUGCGCGAGAAGCACAUCGCUGAUGUGGGGAAUUCGAUUAUGUGGACUCCAAUACUAUGAUGCUACCACGGGAAGAACUACGCACAUUGACAAGUACGAGGGGAGAACGAUUGAGAUCGAAGAGCUGUGGAGAGCCGUUCGUGGUUUCCUCUCGUAUCCCGAUGGUCGCCCGAGAGAAGCCGUUAUUCGAGGGGUUAUUCGACAAAUCGAACAAAUUGAAGAGGCGAUAACAUUAAUGGACGGGGUUCGUUUAUUCGGCUCCUCGUUGCUCAUUGUUUAUGAAGGAGACGCUUUGGAGGAGCCACAGAGUGAGGCUGAGGCUGAACAGUUAGUGAGCGUUCGCGUGGUCGAUUUCGCAAACGCAACACUAGCCGGUGGGAGUCAUGUGGGCGCUGAUCAAGGCUUUCUUCUCGGUGUUCACUCACUCAAUCGCUUCGUUGCAGCUCUUCUCCAUUCCGGCGACAGUGACAUCGAUUCUGAAGGGUCAUGCAGUCCC